AUGGAUGAGGAAGGAUCUCAACUUACUCGAACAGGUGCAACGCAGAGCGACAAAGAUGGUCGACGGUCUGAAGUAUUUGUCUUAUCAGGAGAGGCUGAAUUUGCUUGGCCUAUUCCCUCUCUCUUAUAGACAAAUAAACUGCAGUCUACUCUGGACCAUCCGGAUUGUUCGCGGCCAGGGUUGCUCAUUAAGAGCAGAGGACUUCUUUGAGUUCGCCCGUACAAACCAACUACGCGGCCAUGCAUACAAAGUCGGGAAUGAGCGCACGCGUUUAGACCGACGAAAAUUUUCAUUCAGCCAGCGGGUUGUCAGACUGUGGAACUCGCUUCCAAGCGAGAUGGUGACGGCUGACACAGUUUGUGUGUUUAAAAGAAAACUUGCUCGUCUAAUUUUCGACAGAAAUCGGCUUGUACAGCAUGACUAUGCACAGCCAGUUUUGUAAAAUCUGUCAUAUACAAUCUUCCGCACUAAUUUACAGAGACCCCAUGCACUACCUUAUGAUUACGAUUGAACUGUGACUCAAUCACAUUUUAAAUGCCUGCAAUUUAAUUUUAAUUUUAUUUUUGAGUAUGAAUCUGCGAAAGCACUGUACAUAAAUAGGGUCAUCAAGGGCUCUGCCUGUAACCCUUCAAUAUACAUAUACAUACAUAUAUACAUACGAAUGCAGAGACAAAAUUGUCCCGAGCAUUCGGCUUUCUCGACGCUGUCAUCCAUAGGCAAUGUGACAGAAUACUUGUUUUUUAUAAUCGCUUGUCGAUAUACGUAAAUAAAUUUCUAGGUUCCUUUUCAGCCCUCCUCUUCUUGCGGAAUGGCACUACCGACAAAUACAAAAGAGACUUAAAUGGCCACUUCUGGCCUAUUAGCCGUCGUCAGCCAGUCAUUCCAAACCCAGUGGGGUGGCCGGUCGAUAUUUACCAGACAAGUGAUGCAAAUCCCGGAAACGACAAUACUUAGUGGUGCACAUUCACACCGUGGGUUGGGUGGCAGCCAACUGCCGAUAAGUUAAGAAGAACAAGUCCACCAAUGCGGCCCCUUGCUGGUAGUCUCCUGGUUCAAAACUUCUCCUCUCGUCAUUUCAUGCAGCAAUAGCUUGCAGUUUUGUCCUAUGAUGCUUAUUCCAACACGAGAGAUGCUCGACAAGAAGACUUUAUCGUACCCCUCGAAUCGGCGCCCCAGAAGUGUGAAACAAAUAAAGAGUGCACAAAUUCCAGACGGCAACAAGUGUCAACCCUUCUCUGACAAAAACCGCAGAGGACUAUUUCCGAAGCAGAAGACCGAGAGCUUCUGAGAUUUCGGAUAUGAGGGAUAUCGUCACCCUGCCCGCCGACAAGGAACAUUCAGCGGUUGUCAACAAAACUGCAGUCUGUUAGAAGACGAAGGUGACUAUGAGCUUUCGGAAAUUGGAGAGUUCAAGAAGCACGAGAACAGCGUAAACAGGGCGACAGACGAGUUCAGGAAGACAGGAGUUCUCAAGAGAGAGGAGGCAUUGGCCGCAAAAGUCACAGAUGCCACCACGGAGACUCUCCGUUCCGUACUUUCCAAAAUUCUGAGCUAAAUUUGACGACGCAGUUAUCUUAAUCAAGAGGAAAGACGUUCAUGACUCCAAGGUCUUGCUGAACUCAGUAUUCCCCAAUAUCCAUUUUACAAUGAAGAGGAAAACACCAACCAGUUGCCCUCCUUCGACGUAAAUGUUGUAAGGACGGUUAGUGGGAGGACAAAUCUACGGUAUACCGUGAGGAGACGUGAAGUGACCACCCUAUUGGUUACAGGCGCAAGUAUCUCAGAACUGUCUUCCGACGAGUUUAAAACACUGUAUGACGACGACGGGAGAAAGGAUGCAGUAAAAUAGCUACAUUUUUUUAUUCACAGCCAAUGGUUACACACGAUCCUUCAUACGUGAGUGCCAAUGAAAACCUACCCGUGAACGAUCUAACGAUGUGAAGUCGAAGUUUUGGCUCGCGAUCUCGUACAUGAGGAAUACUUCAGAGGCGACAGCUAGAAUCCUGAACCCUUUUGGGAUUGGGGUGGCCCACAAACCGGAAUCCACUCUCAGGCGGCAGAUAAUGAAGCCCAAAUGCCCGCUACCGGCAAGGGAACAAUCAGUGUAAUUCAGUAUGUAUGAGGGAUAUAGGCAGAGCCUUGGAAAACCCUAUUUACAGAUAGAGGUGUGAAAAAAACAUGUAGAUAUUUACAUAACAGUUAUGACAGUCAUUGAUACCGUGGUCUACGGCGUAACGUGCCAAAACUGCAGUACGAGGUAUGUUGGUAAAAUUUUGAAACGCCUCUGCACGAGACUGCAUAAGCCCCGACUUGCAGUCAAUCGCGAGGAUAGGCUGUCACUGUUAAAUGGCCACAUGCGGCAGGAGGAACGUAGUUUCGCCUUUGGGGAAGCAAGCUUCAUUGGUCGAACCAAUGACAAGAUGGCCAGGCUGAUGCUCGAAAGUUGGUCCUCGGCUGGCACAAUCAACAGAGCUAUCGAUCUUAAUCCGGCCUACCAGGCGCUACGUGCAAGGCUCCAUUCAGUCCAGAGGGGGCCGACAAUACUAUCGAGCGAUUCGCGGCCCCUCAAAAAAUUGUUGCCUUCACCGCAGUGGGAAAGAGCCAGCCGGAGGUCACACGACCAGCGCCAGAGUUCGACCCACCGACGCGCCCAAACAGCCUAGCGUGAUUUGCACAUGCAUCAUCAGCUGGCCAGUUCAUCCGGUUAUGAGGGGAGGGCCCACAGGCACACACAGCUUGCAGCAACUACGACAGCCGGGUAGGGGACUGAGAUCACGCGAGUACGCUUGAGGCCGCCCACGAAGAGGCCAAAGCCAAUCCCUAGCUAAAAUACAGGUCAGAUUUCGUGCGUCAGGCAUGCCUUCAACAUAAGACAGGCGGCGAGGCAGAACAGUUCUAGGCUAGCAGGAACAGAAAUCCCAUCAAUCUGAUGAUGGAAACGAGGAAGUUUCCGAAACGUCAGUACAAAUACACUGUGGUCCAUUGAAUCGCUCCUUCUUCUUCGUCUUCUUUUGGGGAGAAUGAACAGGAUAUACAUAUAUAUUGGAGAACGGGUACCCCGAAAAUUUGAUUUGAAAUAGGUAAGAUUUUUCGGCAACAAAAUAGCCUUUACUGAGUAAAUUUUCGAGAUUGGUUCCCCAGCUCGUCGUCAGACUUCUGGGCUAUGUACAAAAGCAGUUUUCUAUUCAGCCGUGUCGAACAAUUGAUUCUGUAAUUGAUCAAAGCCUGCGCCAAUGCGCGUCAAUAGUAUUUCCUCACUCCCUCGGCACUGGCUGCGCUCGUUUCCAUUUGUCCCUAGGACAUUUGAACGUGGCAUCUAAAUCGGUAUGCCAAUUGAUGCAUACAUCGUCUGAGUGCACCGCUUCGAGGAAUUCAUGGCCGUUCCUUAUUUGGCAGGCACCAACAAUGCGAGUAUUCUCCCAGGCAAAUUAGUGCCCAAUGUGUGCAUAGCCAACUGGGAUAGAAUAGAAUAGGUUUAUUAUAGCGCCCCUUGGGCACUGACAGUCUCCUCACCGCUAACUGAUGCUCACAUAUGGUGGUUAGGACAGAUUUCCCAGCCUAGCUACAACAGACGGCAUCACAACUGGAACAGGGGAUCUUCUAGGCAACACUUUUUCCAUCGACUUAGCCAACCCUGUCAUUAGGGUUUACAAGCUGUGCACGCAAGGAGGUUGUAGGUUGGUGUGCUAUUUAUAUCGGAUAUUUUUUUCAGCUGUGUUUUUGACGAGCUCUGAUACAUUUUUACAUACGGGAGAGUCCGUCAGGCGAAUGUUUUUGGUGCCUGGGUGGCCGUAGUGAUCGAAACACCUUUCUGUUUAACCUAAUGCUUCAUGCAAUGACGUAUGAAGUCACGCAGUACCCGAUAUUUCACUUCUGUUUGGUAACUUUCUUCAUCGGAGCAAUGUGUUUUGGCUCGGUUUAACAGGCCGUAGGCGGUAUUCCUCUUGUGAAAGAGGUAAUGGUUACUCAUAAAAUGUAGUAUGACCUCUGAGUAUGUUUCUCUGUGAUAAAGUGAAGCGUGAAGGGAUCCGUCCAUCGUGCAAGGACGUCCAGAAAUGGGAGCUUUCCAUCCACCUCCGUCCCGAAAGUGAAUUUGAUUCGGGGGAAUGGGGAGUUAAGAUUCGUGUGGAGCAGAUCUAAUAUGUUUUACUUGACAAUGACAAAUUCGUCAUCAAAAUGGCGCAGUUAAAGUUUUGGGUUAAUUUUAGGAUGGGCUACAGAUUGCAGUUUCUGCAUUAUGGAUUCUGCUUGAAAGCCAGAUGUAGGCGGAUCCGUAGAGACACAUUUCAGUUGCCGAUAACAUUGUUUGGCGAAAGAAAAGAUGGUUUCUAGACAAACAUCGAGUAGUUGAAGUAGAGCGUCGGCAGGCACACCAGUGGUGUAGGCCUGAGACGGACAGCGAACAACUCGAGAGCCGGCACAACGCAACGAGCUAGACGGGGAACCGGGGACGUCUCGUCCAACUUCACAGUUGUUGUCUGAAGACGUACUUCACCUUUGAAGGGACAGUGAACGAACAAGUCACAGGGACACAUAUUAGAUCGUCGCUCUAGAAGUCCAUCGCGGAGGCGGUUUUCCGAAAAGUAUAUGCCAUAUUUUUCGCAACCUGUAGACCAAAAAUUUGGACUCGAGAUUUUGACGAUUCCUAUCGUUAUUGUCGUGUGGUAAAUGGUUCGGGAAUUCCAUUACGUUCUGAAUUCCGUUUUUGGACAUUCAGUUCGCAGUAAGGGCGAAAAGCAACGAUCCAACUGCCGCUCCUGGAGGUUUUCGCCCAUCCAAUAGCAAAUGGAGACCAAAAACGACGACUUAUGGGAACGCCACCAACAAGCCCUAACUCCUGAGUAACCACAGUAAGCACCCAUUAUACCACAUACGCGCUUAUGUGCGAAUUGUCCACAGGGGGCAGAAACACAAAACAUCGAGCCGAGCGACAAAGUACUGGAACUCCACUACCUCUGGAGCCUUUUCGUGGGCUCCGAGUAGCCUUACAACUUUCUCAAACGCGGCAGGCAGUCUAGAUCAGGCCAAAGUUUGGUGAAAGAACAGCUGCGUCUGCCUCGUCUCCAGUCCGAUAACAGGUGGAACAUACCUCCGGCAGCAUGUUUGCGUAGAUGGACAUGGCCAGUUAGCAUAUCAGGAAUUCUUGUAGAAGACGGAUGAGGACAAGCGCCUGAACAAACGAGGAGCCUCGAAUUUUCGGCCAUACUUGUAAGGAAAUUGUUUAUUUUUCGAAAAUUUUUGGUUUAAGUUCAUGGCACUUUUCGAAAACGACAAUAUACUAUGCACUAUCUGUCCACCAGGCCAUACUAAGCCAAAUCAAACUUUUUAAGCUGCCGGAUUGAUAGGAAUUCUCUGCAGUGUAUGAUUGUAAGGUAGGUAGACGUGGAGACAUUUUCUGUUCGCCGAGGAGGAGGAGGAAGAGGAAGAGGAGGAGGAGGAGGAGGAGGAGGAGGAGGAGGAGGAGGAGGACGAGGGCAAGGACGAGGAGGAGGAGAAGAAGGAGUCAGUCGAGUGUGACUCUAAGGAUUUUACCGGGUUUGGUAUCACACAAAUGCGUUGA